UUUCGCCAACGCUUUGCCACCAUCUACACUCUUCAAUUGGGCGGGAAAAUCUUCAAAUCUCCCCAAAUUUUAGAGGGAAAAUUCUCAAAACCCUAGACCUAUUAAAAUCCCCUCUCUUUUGUUUCUAUUCCGCCUUUGUGGCUAUAUAUACAAGCUGAGACGCCAUUUGCAGACUGUCAGUGGAUAACCCACCACCUGUUUGUGAAAAUUCCCAAGUGAGUGGAAUUUCGAUAUUCGCUUCGAAAAAUAUGUAUGUCGUGAAGAGAGACGGGAGGCAAGAGGCUGUGCACUUCGACAAGAUCACCGCGCGGCUAAAAAAGCUGAGUUAUGGCCUCAGUAGCGAGCACUGUGACCCAGUUUUGGUGUCGCAGAAAGUCUGUGCCGGGGUGUACAAGGGCGUCACCACCAGCCAGCUUGAUGAAUUGGCGGCGGAGACGGCUGCUGCUUUGACCGCCAAUCACCCUGAUUAUGCUUGUUUGGCGGCAAGAAUUGCUGUUUCAAAUCUUCACAAGAACACCAAAAAAUCAUUUUCUGAGACGGUCAAAGACAUGUACAAUCAUGUGAGUGAGAGGUCUGGACUAGCGGCCCCUUUGAUUGCCGAUGAUGUGUAUGAGAUUAUAAUGAAGAACUCUGUACGUCUUGACAGUGAGAUCAUAUAUGACAGAGACUUUGACUAUGAUUACUUUGGUUUUAAGACACUUGAAAGGUCAUACCUAUUAAAGGUCCAAGGCAAGGUUGUUGAAAGGCCACAACACAUGUUAAUGAGGGUUUCUGUUGGUAUCCAUAAAGACGAUAUAGAUUCUGCCAUCAAAACAUAUCAUCUUUUGUCCCAGCGAUGGUUCACUCAUGCUUCACCCACCCUUUUUAAUGCUGGAACACCAAGACCUCAAUUGAGCAGCUGUUUCUUGAUAUGCAUGAAGGAUGAUAGUAUUGAAGGCAUAUAUGAUACCCUCAAGGAAUGUGCUGUCAUUAGCAAAUCAGCUGGAGGAAUUGGUGUGUCUGUCCACAAUAUCCGGGCUACAGGAAGUUAUAUACGUGGAACAAAUGGAACAUCCAAUGGCAUUGUCCCAAUGCUUCGAGUUUUCAAUGACACUGCUAGAUAUGUGGAUCAGGGGGGUGGCAAGAGGAAAGGUGCUUUUGCUGUAUAUUUGGAGCCAUGGCAUGCUGACAUCUUUGAGUUUCUUGAUUUGAGGAAAAAUCACGGAAAGGAGGAGCAUCGGGCAAGAGAUUUGUUUUAUGGUCUUUGGGUACCUGAUCUCUUUAUGCAAAGAGUUCAAUCUGAUAGCCAUUGGUCAUUGUUCUGUCCAAAUGAGUCUCCUGGAUUAGCUGAUUGUUGGGGUGAGGAAUUUGAAGCUUUGUACACUAAAUACGAAACAGAGGGAAAGGCUAAGAAAGUUGUCCAGGCACAGAGUUUGUGGUUUGAAAUCUUGAAAUCCCAGAUUGAAACUGGAACUCCUUAUAUGCUUUAUAAGGACACUUGCAACAGAAAGAGCAACCAGCAGAAUCUGGGUACCAUAAAAUCAUCUAACUUGUGUACUGAGAUAAUUGAGUAUACAAGUCCCACAGAAACUGCUGUUUGCAAUCUUGCAUCAAUUGCUCUACCACGUUAUGUUCGAGAGAAGGGUGUGCCUCUGGAGUCCCAACCAACAAAGCUUGUUGGCAGCCUAGGGUCUAAAAACCGAUAUUUUGACUUUGACAAACUGGCCGAGGUUACUGAGCUCGUAACUACAAACCUCAACAAGAUAAUUGAUACGAAUUAUUAUCCUGUUGAAACUGCAAAAAGGUCUAACAUGCGUCACAGGCCAAUAGGAAUUGGUGUACAAGGUCUUGCUGAUACCUUCAUCUUGCUUGGCAUGGCAUUUGAAUCUCCAGAGGCUCAACAGUUGAACAAGGAUAUAUUUGAGACCAUAUACUAUCAUGCAUUAAAGGCAUCUUGUGAACUUGCUCAGAAAGAAGGACCGUAUGAGACAUAUAAUGGCAGCCCUGUUAGCAAGGGAAUCAUCCAGCCAGAUAUGUGGGGAGUGAAGCCGUCAGAUAGAUGGGAUUGGGAUGCUCUUCGGGCUAAGAUCACAGAACAUGGGAUCCGGAACUCACUCCUCAUAGCACCCAUGCCAACUGCAUCAACAAGCCAGAUUCUUGGGAACAACGAGUGCUUUGAACCAUACACUUCCAACAUUUACAGCCGUAGAGUUCUAAGUGGUGAGUUUGUUGUUGUGAACAAGCAUCUUCUCCACGAUUUGACCGAGAUGGGGCUUUGGUCUCCAAAUGUCAAGAACCGGAUAAUUUAUGAGGAUGGCUCUGUUCAAAAGAUCCCUGAGGUUCCUGAAGAUCUUAAAGUUAUUUUCAAAACUGUUUGGGAGAUCAAACAACGAAUAUUGGUUGAUAUGGCUGUCGACCGUGGAUGCUUCAUAGACCAGAGUCAGAGCCUAAACAUCCAUAUGGACCAACCCAGUUUUGGAAAGCUUACGUCUCUCCACUUCCAUGCCUGGACUAGGGGUUUGAAGACGGGCAUGUACUACCUAAGGUCACGUGCAGCAGCCGACGCCAUCAAAUUCACAGUUGACACUACCAUGAUAAAGGAUGAUAAGGCUAAGGCGGUUGCUGAUGACGAGAAUUCUAAGAUGGCCCAAAUGGUAUGCUCUUUAGCCAACCGCGACGAGUGCUUGGCUUGUGGAAGUUGAUAGGUUACAGCAUAAGUGGGAUUUAUUCGUUUGUUUCUCGUGGUGCUUGAAAGGCUCGUGUUGACUGCUAGCGUGUCUAAGCUUCAAGACUCACCAAAUGGUUACAUGAUCUUCCUAUAUAUUGUAGUUCAAGUGAUGUCUUAACUUGCUAUAGGUAUUUAUGUAUUAAUGAAAGAGAAUCUAUAGCGAAUAGUCAUAUGUUAUGACUAUGGCUGUUCUAUGCUUGUGUGGUUUCGUAUCCUAAAUGGAAGUUGUCGAUUUCCAUAUUAUGUGGAUUUAUGUAUAUGAUAUGUAAUGAUCCUUUGGAACA